AUGGCUUACAACAAAAGCUACAAUCCCGACGCGCUGCCAGCGCAUGCCGAGCCAGAGCAGGUCGCGCAGAUGCUCGGAAACAUGGAAAUGUCCGGAGGACAGGCCCAUGCGGCACACAGUCAGAAACCUCUCCCCUCUCGACCACAAAUGCAGAAAUCGUCUAGCGGUCCGUCGCCGCCUCGCGCGUCCGGGUCAACCCCAACGCCGCCGCACGCAUACAACGGCCGACCCUCACCCGCAAAUGGAGUUCAUCCAGCUUCAGGCCAAGCUCGACCUCACCCGUUGCAUCCCUCGCCACCACCUCCCAACUAUGGCUUUGGACCGCCCCCCUCGCAGCCGCAGCGUAAUCGGCCCCCGCCUGCCUCGCGACCCCCUCAGUCACCUCACCCCCCACUGUCCGCGCCGAGCGAUGACCCGCAGCAGCUGUUCCCUCUGUUUCGCGCCGCAAACACCUCCCACACUGGUUCGCUCACGGAACAUGAGCUCGGAUCGGCUCUUGUCAACGGAGACUAUACCUCAUUCCAUCCGCGGACGGUGAAGAUGAUGAUUCGCAUGUUUGACCGAGAUGGCAAUGGAUCGAUCAACUUUGACGAGUUCGUGUCGCUAUGGAAAUACCUGGCCGCAUGGCGCGAGCUCUUUGAUCGCUUUGACGAGGAUCGCAGCGGACGUAUCAGUUUGAAAGAAUUUGAGAAUGCGCUGGUUGCCUUUGGCUAUCGCCUGACGACGAAAUUUGUGACCGUCCUCUUCCGUGCAUUCGAGAGCAAGGCCAAGCAGGUCAACGGGCCCUCCCGCGGUCCGAAUCAGCAUGGGAUGAGCUUUGAUCUGUUUGUCCAGGCUUGCAUCAGCCUGAAACGGAUGACGGACGUGUUCAAACGCUAUGAUGAGGAUCGCGAUGGAUAUAUCACCGUGAGCUUUGAGGAAUUUUUGACCGGUAAGUCAGACCCAGUGUAG